AUGUGGAAGGAGGCCUGUGCCCGGAACAAGCCUCUUCGACACUGUGCUUUUUACCUUGCUUGCCCGUCCAUCCAUCCAUGGCUUCUCCGGUACCGUCGUCUGUGCUUCUGCUUCUGCUCUCCUGCAUUGCCUUCUUCUCUGCUUCCUCACAAGCUUAUGAGUACCCUCCCAUCGUGAGUGGCCUCUCCUUCGACUUCUACAAGUCCACCUGCCCCAACGUGGAGCCCCUCGUCAGGAACUACCUGGCGCAGCUCUUCAAGAAGGACAUUGGCCUCGCCGCUGCCCUCCUCCGCGUUCACUUCCAUGACUGUUUCGUCCAGGGCUGCGAUGGUUCGAUUCUGUUGGAUGGGUCGGCAGGCGGACCGAGCGAGAAGAACGCGCCGCCCAACUUGACGCUUCGGCCGGCCGCCUUCAAGGCCAUCAACGACCUCCGGACACUCAUCUCCAAGGCUUGCGGACAGGUCGUCUCUUGCUCCGACAUCUCCGCCCUGGCCGCCCGCGACUCGGUCUUCUUGUCCGGCGGCCCCGACUACAGGGUUCCACUGGGCCGGCGAGAUGGCCUGAGCUUCGCGACCCGGGAUGCCGUCCUCAGCUUCCUCCCCUCGCCUACAUCCGACGUCACCACCCUCAUCAACGCCCUCGCCAAGCUCAAACUCGACACCACCGACCUCGUCACCCUCUCCGGCGGCCACACCAUCGGUAUCGGCCACUGCACCUCCUUCCAGAACCGGCUCUUCCCCUCCCAGGACUCCACCCUGGAGCCGACCUUCGCCAAGAACCUCUACCGGACCUGCCCGGUCAAAGACACAACCAACACCACCGUCAACGACAUCCGGACGCCCAAUACCUUCGACAACAAGUACUACGUCGAUCUCGUAAGCAAGCAGGGCCUCUUCACCUCCGACCAGGGCCUGUUCGGCGACUCCAGGACCAAGCCCCUCGUCACCAGCUUUGCCGCCAACCAGCCCUUGUUCUUCGGCAAGUUUGUGUACUCCAUGACCAAGAUGGGCCAGCUGAGCGUGUUGACUGGCAAGCAAGGUGAGAUCAGGAAGAACUGCUCGGCGCUCAACUCGGGCAAGAAGGUCUUGUGGUCUGUGGUCGAUGGUGAGGGUGAUGGCAGCGAGGUGUUCUGAAGCAAACGUUGUAUGCAGCUUGCACAAUAAAUGGUCGAUAGAUUGGGACAUGGAUGUGUUUCCAAGACAUCAUCACUCUCC